GCUGAGCGCAGCAGAAUGCCCUGCACAAUGAAGCGCACAUACCCUCUCUUGAGUUAUCUUACGCUAGCAUUGUUAGGGCUCGUAAGUGCUCGUUCCGAGUUCCUUCCCGCUCGGGUCGCUAACUAUCCGCUCGCCGCACGAGGCAGGGCCGUAUUGCAAGCGCACUGUGGGCCACUUUCUGCAGAUCUAGUCAAGAAAGUUGCGCGAGACAACACGGUUCUGGUCACAAUCGUUGAUAAGUUGGUGUGGCACAGCUUCGGGCCGAGCUAUGUAGAAAACAUCCAAUCAGCUGGUAUCACCUACUGGCUGAUAGCGGCUCUGGACCCUGAGACUUCCACAGCAAUGGGCGCCCAGGGAAUAACGGACCACUGCUUUAAUGCGCCGCAAGAGCGUGUAAAGUACAAGGGCAAGGACGCGAACUACCAGUGGGGAGGGCAUCACUGGACGCAGACCACGUGGAACAAGGUGCACAUCAUCAAGGCGGUGUACGAGUUUGGCGUGAACGUGAUCCACUCGGAUACGGACGUGGUCUGGUUCGGCGACCCACUGCCAUUCUUCCACGAGCGGCUGAGCGGCCCAGUGCACGUCAUCAUGGCCACGGACGCGGUGGCCACCGGCAACCCCGUGGGCGACAUGGGGCUGGAGGUCACGACCAACCCCUUCACCAACAUCAACACAGGCAUCUACUUCAUCAAGCAGUACGCGGGCGGGCUGGACAUGUUCAAGGCUUGGCUGGACUGGCAGGACAAGAACAUCGGCCACGACCAGGACGGCUUCAACACCAUGGCGCGCGGCAGCGGCUUCCGGCACGAGGACAAGCACCUGCCGCCCGCGGUGCUGCCCAGCGACGCCACCGCCAACCGCUACUUCUACGCGGCCAUGCACAACACCACGGGCGUGUCCUUCCUGCCAGCAUCCAUGUUCGGCAACACCUACACCUACGUUAACGCGCGGCUGUGGGAGAAGCUAAAACACCCGCUGUAUGCCAUCCAUUGGGUGUGGGGUGGGAGCACACUUGAGAGCAAGCGCCAAAAUAUGCGCGAUGCCAUGAAGUUCCACGAUGAGCCCGACUACUACACCUCGCCAAACCUGGUCACCUUUGACCUGGACCUGCUGCCGAUGCCCGACGACUUUAACGACUGGAAGAUGACGGAGGAGAUGAUCCGCUUCCACGUCCAAGCCGCCAACUAUCAGCUGCAGCAGGCUUACUACGCCUUUGCCAUCGCGCUCAUUGCCAACCGCACGCUGGUCAUGCCGCGGUUCCAGUGCUACUGCUCUAAGAACUGGUACCAGACGCAGCAGUGCCGCAUCAACUUUGAGAAGGCCACCACCUUCCCCUUCACCUGCGCGCUGAGCCACGUGCUGCGUGUGAAGAAGCUGGAGGCCGGGUUUCGGCUGCCCGACAACACCGAGUACAGCGGCCACCGCGUGUUCAUCCGCGAGUACUCAUUCCUGGACAACCCCAAGGUGCCGGACAGCCUCAAGAAGUCAUUUGUGGAGAUCGUGCCAUCCCAGAUGCCGCGCGCCGCCAACCUGGGCGCGGACGAGCUGGUGGUGUCGGUGGAGCCGGCGCCGCGCGGCUACGGCCAGCGGGUGACUGUGGCGGCGCCGCUGGUGGACCGCGAGCUGCGGCAGGUGCUGGGGCGGUUCAAGGGCGUGCGUGUGCUGCACUUCCCACAGCCCGCCCGCACGCUGAGCGGCUUCAGCACCUACGCCACCUGGGAGCAGUACGACGCGGAGAUUCAGAAGCAUGUGGCCUACUGGUGCUGCCGUACGCCGCCGGAUAUGCAGUCCAUGAACCUGACUGACAAGGUGCAGCUGGUGGCGCUGCCGCCCGAGCGCUACAAGAACCUGCCGGCGCACGGCGGCAAGAGCUCGUACCUGCACGAGGUGGGGCCAAUCCGCCGCAUGCCCGGACAGAUAUUCUAGAGCGGGUCGCAGAUGCGUCCGAUGGUGAUCCCGAGUUACGGACCUGAGGCACGGCCGCACGUCGUGGCUCAAAAAUAUCAGCCUGAUGCACACCAGGCGGCAGCACCGCAUGUAAAGCAGGGGAGGUUCAAAGGCGAAUGUCUACCCCGUCAAUGGACACGCGAAGUCGCGCCUCGCUCCGGCGCUGAUUUUAACCCGCCGCCGAUAGGCCUUACUGUGACUGCGUCUCCGGCCUGUACCGUAGUACGUCAUGAGCUAUCCCCGAGGUACCGUAGUCUGAGGUUUGAGAUGGCUGUUGGCGGGUGAUGAGGUGUGGUGUAGGCGUUUGUGCGCAGCAGGAUGUAUGAGGCGGAUGCAACCCCAAACACACCCUGACAACACUGUCCGCAUCAGUCCGUCAACGAGGAGAGACUGCUUUGGCGGCGGAUAGCCCCCAUACACCCGACACUGACACCAAGUGUCGAAACGCAUAGGGCGAAGGCGGCCCUGUCGCUGGAUGGUGGCUGGCCGCUCCGUGCGGGUGGGGCGCGGCGCCUGGGGGGGGGGGGGCGAGGGCCCCGCUAACCCCGGGCUAAGAUGAAAAAUGCCGCGGUGUUUGUACCGCUGAGGAUUAGCGGUGCGUGCAGGCGCCAUGAGUGGAUGGCAUACUAGCUGCUGCACUAGGUACUGCAGCGGCAGGAUGUUACACGGUGCGAAGCAAGCACUUGCCGCCGUGGUCCUGGCCGUGGUCGGGUCUGCCGCACGGCCUGUGAAAUCGCAGAAACCACGACCUGCCAUCAGCAAACUUCCAACCAGCCAGCAACUUGUCGGUACAGUAACUCCGGCGUUCGACCAGCCAUGCACUCCUGCUCUGCCGCUGCAAACUGUUUGCUGUCUGCUUGGGGUACGGGCGUCAGCUGCACCCUAUGGGACCUCGCCAACCUGCCUGAACCCUGUCCCAUCACACGACCUGCCAUCAGCAGCGCCACCAUUGCGGUCACUAACUACUGUAGUUCCGAACGACUGACUCCUGAUCUCCUUCUAUCUUAUAAAGACAGAGGCUUGGUGCGCCUCACUGCAUGUAUACAUAACAUGGCAAAUGUUGACACAACAGAGACCUACUGCUUGUGAUGCAUCGCAUUAUAAUCAUCUGGUCCUUAGCUCUCGCGCUGGGCUUCGCUUCACAUCUUCACAUUGGUGCUAAUGCUUCCCACCCGCGGCCGCGGCAGCGCCUCCGUGGCGUCGAAGCGCACUCUGUCGCCAUUCACGCAGUUGGCAUACAUUGUGGGUCGCUA